AGAUGCUCGGCCCUGCCCGGGACAGGCAGCGUAGGGCAGGAACUGGCGCCCGGUCCUGGCAGCCAAGGGAGCCCAGGUGGCGGGGAAGACAAUGCUGCCCAUUCACCAGGCUGCAGAGCCUCCACCCCCGCCGCCUCCCGGGGGGCGCCGGCUCCAGCCAGACGCCGCUGUCGCCGGACUGAGGCCUCUGUGACCCGCCAGCGCGGGUCUUCGCUUCCUAGUGUCGGCUAGGAUGUGCGGGCACCUCACGCGACCCCUGCACGGGUAGGAUAGAGUCCGCGCCCUGUCUGAUGCCGGCAUGGGUCGCAGCUCUCCAGCGGUGCGCCAACCUGGCACUUCCCCGCCUGGGGAGGACAUGGGCAUCUGACAUGAGUGGGACCCCUGCCUGAAUCAGGGCUUGCCGGAGAGGACCGCCAGGAGAGCCCGGGCCCCCAGGCCCUCCAGGGCCGCCAGGAGUGCCUGGAUCUGAUGGCAUCGACGGUGACAAGGGACCCCCAGGGAAAGCUGGCCCUCCGGGAUCCAAGGGAGAGCCUGGCAAACCUGGGCCAGAUGGGCCAGAUGGGAAGCCUGGGAUUGAUGGUUUAACUGGAGCCAAAGGAGAGCCUGGUUCCAUGGGGACUCCUGGAGUCAAGGGCCAACCUGGGCUCCCAGGACCCCCGGGCCUGCCAGGCCCUGGUUUUGCUGGACCUCCUGGACCACCAGGACCUGUUGGCCUCCCUGGUGAGAUUGGAAUCCCAGGCCCCAAGGGGGAUCCAGGACCAGAGGGACCAUCAGGGCCCCCAGGGCCCCCUGGGAAACCGGGGCGUCCAGGAACCAUCCAGGGCCUGGAAGGCAGCGCUGAUUUCCUGUGUCCAACCAACUGUCCAGCGGGUGUGAAAGGCCCCCCAGGGCUGCAGGGAGUAAAGGGGCAUCCUGGCAAACGCGGGAUUCUGGGUGAUCCUGGCCAACAGGGGAAGCCGGGUCCCAAGGGAGAUGUGGGUGCCUCUGGAGAGCAAGGCAUCCCUGGACCACCGGGUCCUCAGGGCAUCAGGGGCUACCCAGGCAUGGCAGGAACCAAGGGAGAGAUGGGUCCUCCUGGGUAUAAAGGCAUGGUGGGUUCUGUUGGUGCUGCUGGGUCACCGGGUGAGGAAGGUCCAAGAGGGCCACCAGGCCGAGCUGGGGAGAAGGGUGAUGUGGGUAGCCAAGGUGUUCCAGGACCCCAGGGGAUAACAGGCCCAAAGGGAGCAACUGGUCCCCCAGGCAUCGAUGGCAAGGAUGGGACCCCAGGCACACCUGGCAUGAAGGGUAAUGUAGGACAGGCAGGACGACCAGGAAGCCCAGGCCACCAGGGCUCAGCGGGUGUGCCAGGCCAGCCUGGCACAAAAGGAGGUCCUGGAGACAAGGGUGAGCCUGGCCAGCAGGGUCUCCCUGGAUUUUCUGGUCCCCCUGGGAAGGAGGGAGAGCCAGGACCUCGAGGAGAAAUUGGUCCCCGGGGCAUCAUGGGACAGAAGGGUGACCAGGGUGAGAGGGGGCCAGUGGGUCAGCCAGGUCCCCAAGGACGACAGGGUCCCAAGGGGGAGCAGGGACCCCCCGGAAUUCCAGGGCCCCAAGGCUUGCCAGGCAUCAAGGGAGAUAAGGGCUCUGCAGGGAAGGCCGGACCCCGCGGCGGAGUGGGCGACCCGGGGGUGGCCGGCCUCCCGGGAGAGAAAGGAGAGAAGGGCGAGUCUGGCGAGCCGGGGCCCAAAGGACAGCAAGGAGUCCGCGGAGAGCCGGGCUACCCUGGCCCCAGCGGGGAUGCUGGCGCCCCAGGGGUGCAGGGUUACCCGGGGCUGCCUGGCCCUCGAGGACAGGUUGGAGACCGAGGCGUGCCAGGACAGCCAGGGAGACAGGGCGUGGCGGGCCGAGCUGCCAGUGACCAGCACAUCGUAGAUGUGGUGCUGAAGAUGAUGCAAGAGCAACUGGCAGAGGUGGCUGUGAGUGCCAAGCGGGAAGCCCUUGGUGCAGUUGGGAUGGUGGGUCCCCCAGGACCUCCUGGCCCCCCUGGAUACCCAGGCAAGCAGGGACCACAUGGGCACCCUGGCCCUCGGGGCAUUCCUGGCAUCGUGGGAGCCGUGGGUCAGAUUGGCAACACUGGGCCCAAGGGAAAGCGUGGAGAGAAGGGUGACCAAGGAGAAGUGGGACGUGGGCACCCUGGGAUGCCUGGGCCCCCAGGGAUUCCAGGACUCCCUGGCCGGCCUGGUCAGGCAAUCAAUGGCAAGGAUGGAGACAGAGGAUCCCCAGGGGCUCCAGGAGAGGCAGGCCGACCUGGGCUGCCAGGCCCUGUGGGGCUGCCAGGCUUCUGUGAGCCUGCAGCCUGCCUGGGGGCUUCAGCCUAUGCCUCAGCCCGACUCACAGAGCCAGGGUCCAUCAAGGGCCCAUGAACAGCAGGACAGAAUACAGCCCACAGGCAUCCUGGGUCCCCUUUGGGUGGACAUGCACCCCAGCCCAGGAAACUAACUUUCCCAGGACCUUCUGUCUGGGACUCAGUGGUCCUAAGUACAGAAGUUCUAAAACAUGGGGAAAAGGAGGGGAGGGCAUCAGAGUGAAAAGGUACCUGACAGGCCAACUGUCACUGGAAAGUGGACCCUCCAAAGGGAACAGGAUGGACAGGGUGGCUUUCCUUCUGGAGCACCACUUGGAUGUUACCAAAUGUCUCCUUUAUCUGUUCCAUUCUCCACUGGCCAUCUUGUCCUUGGGACAGGUUGGCUGAGGUCUCUUUUGGUUCCUGAUCCCAGUCUCAACUCUAUGGACUCACCGGGUGACUGCUCAGAGUGACUUCUCUGAGGUGGCCAUCCUUAAGCCAGCCCCACGUCCUUCCUGCCUCUCAUCUGAGUAUUUAAACAUCCAUCUCCCUUUUCUUUUGGCCUUACUCUCUCCUACCUCCUUCUCCCAGGAUCCACUGUGGUCUUUCUGUAAAUAAAAGCCCCCAACUUGGUUACA